AUUGUUAUAUUUGUAUAUAGAGGAAAUACCCAUAAGUUCGUUAUAAUGGACUUCGAGUUUACUAACAUCCAUAAGACGAGUAAGGUCCUUAUAUCAGGAGCGAUAUCGAACAGUUUGGACCGUUUUAAGAUAAGGAAGCUCGAAGGACGACCAUUGUAUCUACCGGAAAACGGAGAAGUAAGACCGAUGAAGGAUCGAGAGGUACUAGUGGCGCAAAAGGCGUUAGCACGGAUUUUCAAGACGAAGACAGAACUCAGGGACAUCUGUCUAGACCAACUGAAUCAGAGUCUUAAGGCACCAGUUAAUAGUUUGAAUGCGACCUAUAUAAAAAACUAUAUACUGCGUGACAAUAAGAUUAAUGUGAUAGUAGUGUUUGGAGGUAGUUCCGACAGAGAGAUUUUAAAGAGAUUAGGAAUCAGGUUUCCAUUAUUAGAUAUGCGUUGUUACGAUAAAUAUUUAAACCGACAAUUUUAUUUACAAUUAGAGGACGUAUCAAACAAAAGAAUAAUUUUUGAAAUAGAAGUAGGAUAUUAUGACAAAUCGGGAAGGAUAUUAAAUCUUACCGAGUCACACAAUUUAAUAUGUAAAAAGAAACACAAAAUAACUUAUGCACAUGAUCCACGCACAGACGUCAUAUACACGAAAUGUAUAUUUGACUAUGCAGUAAGGAACUACAGAUACGAAAAUUUGAUUAAACAUUUCACUUAAAUUUACAAAUAAUACAAUUUAUAAUUAUAGGAACCAUUAAUCUAAAAUGGAUAGGAACGAACAACUAUUGCAGGAAAUAAACAUAAAUAUAGCAAUUCAAAAGCACACUAAUACAGAACUCGGAGAAUGGUAUAACUUUACGGAAUGCUUUGAUCAUCAUAUAAUUUCAGCUAAUAAUACAAUAUAAGUACCUUACGAAAAUGGGGAAAUUUUAGAGAUAAUUAAGUGUGUAAAAAGAUUCAUGACAGAUAUGGUUGUAGAAAGAGAUUUGGCAAAUCCAAUUUGUUUGGAUUUAGCCAGAUAUAUUGAUAUUGUACCUAGUGCAAAGGAUUUAUUGUUUUACGAAAGAUAGUUAAUAUAACAUAAUUUAUUAUAAAGGAAUAAAUAUAUACUGGUCUAUGAUACCAUUGGAGAUUUAAAAUAUUAAAUAAUUAUUUAUUGUAAUCAAAGAUAUUUUAUGUAUAAUAACGUAAAUUAAAUUAUUAUAUUGAAAUUGUAUAACUAUUGUAUUAUUUUAAUCAUCAUUUUGUCAAAUUAUCAAUUUAAUCAUAUUAUUUUAAUCAUAUUACUAACAAUAAUUUUUAUUGUAUUAAAAUUAUAUAUCAUGUUAACUAACAAAAAUAUAAUUGUGUCAAUCUAAUCAAUUGUAAUACUCUAAUCGAGUAAUAAAAAAAAAAAAAUAAUAAUAAUGAAAUGUGUAACUAAUAAUUAUCAUCAUGUAAAUUGUCAUAAUAAGACAAUGAUUAACUAUUUUAUCUAUAUACUAAAUGUAUUGAAUGUACUGAAUUAUGUAAAAACAUUGUACACAUUAUGUAUGUAAAUUGUAUAAUCUAUGUAAAGUUUAAAUUUUAAAGCUUUUUGUAGUUCUACAAAUUGUAGCCCUACAAAAACCUUUGAAAGGGCGGUGAGGUGUAGCGAGCUGUGACUUAAUAUCAUAUUACCCAAUAUAUAACACUUAUUUAGGCAGUGUAAAAGUGUAUAUAUAAUCAUAUAUUAUAAUAGUCCGCGCCGCGUAACAUUAAUAGUAAUAGUAAUAGCGUCCGCGCCGCGUGUGUAGUAGUACAGCGAAUAUCGAGCGCGUGACCCUGGACGGCGUGCGUCAAUAUAUAUAUGCUUACGUAUAUAAAUAACUCGUAUAAAAUGACCGUAUAGAUCUGUAUAGUUUUGUGGAAUAACACAAACACCACAAAUACGCAACAACAACAUAUAUAUGUUCAUCCGGCCGUGUGCAAGCGUGUGACAAUCCCACGGUAGGCCUAACCGCAAGAUGACUAUGUAUGGUCAUCCAGAAUAAGUAGGGACAGGGACAGACCCAUCGAGGAGAGCUGAUGGACAAGCGUUCAUCAGACGAACAAACGACGAGCUUUGGAACAGUCACCAGUAAACUAAUGUCACAUCUCGCUCGCUUCAUUUAUUAAUUUUGGACUUAUAGUAAUUUUGUUGUAAUCAGUUACAGUUGAAUAAGUUAAAAUAAAUCAAACACAUUAUACUAAACACUCGAGAUUUACAUUUAUUCCAUCAUCCU